UGGGUCGGGUUUGAGUCCAGAUCUCAGGGCUUUGCCAGACCUGGCGGGGAGCUUUUGCCUGCCCCCGUCGCGACCAUGUCGUUCUGCAGCUUCUUCGGAGGCGAGGUUUUCCAGAAUCACUUCGAGCCAGGUGUCUACGUGUGUGCCAAGUGUGGCUAUGAGCUGUUCUCUAGUCACUCGAAGUACGCACACUCAUCCCCGUGGCCAGCGUUCACUGAAACCAUCCAUGCAGACAGUGUGACCAAGUGCCCUGAGAAAAACCGACCGGAAGCUUUGAAGGUGUCCUGUGGCAAGUGUGGCAAUGGGUUGGGCCACGAGUUCCUGAAUGAUGGCCCCAAGCGGGGACAAUCGAGAUUCUGAAUAUUUAGCAGCUCACUGAAGUUCAUCCCUAAAGGCAGAGAUGCUCCUGCCUCCCAGGGGCACUAGGACAUGGACUGCGAAUGGCCUGCCCCCGCCAACCACUCCAGCCUCAGUCACUGUAUGAUCUGCUCUGGUCAAAUCCUUCUAUGCCAGCCAGGGUAGUGAUGACCUGUGACCUUCGAGGAGGGGAGUGGGCUGAUGCCGGGGACUCUUGGAUCCUUGUCUUCUGGCAGAGAAAACAGAACUCCGUUUCACAAUCUGCAAGCUCACCUUGCCUCACUCUGGCUUAGGGAAGUGACGGUUGCCCCAUUAGCUGGCCAGCGUGGCAGGGACCUUCUUCUCACCACUCCGUCCAGCGUGUCCCUCCCAAGAGAACGCCACUGUUCUUUAUCGGCGUGCUCGGAAGCUCUUGACAUCUGGGAGAGUGGGUGAAGUUGACACCCACUCCCCCUUGAUUCCUCUCUGGGGUGAGCAAGUAGAAGUCAAUAAACACGCAGCCUGAGCA